CCUCGGGUCGUCAUCAUGGUUGUUUUCAGCAAGCUCACACUGGCUGUCGCCGGUCUGGCCACAAUGGCCGCCGCUGCUCCUGCCCCUGCGGCCAAGUUCUCCCUUGAGCAGGUUGCUCGUCCCGCAACCAAGACCAACUUCGCUGCAAAGUACGCCCAGGCCCUUCGCAAGUACCACGCCGAAGUGCCCACCAACGUCCAAGCUGCUGCUGCUGCUACUGGUGUGGCGACCAACACUCCUGAGCCCCAGGAUUCAGAGUACUUGACUCCUGUCACCGUGGGUCACACUGUUAUGAAUCUCGACUUCGAUACCGGCUCGGCUGAUCUAUGGGUUUUCUCCAACGAGCUUCCCAAGUCGGAGCAGGCCGGCCACGCUAUCUACCAGACCAGCAGCGGCACUAAGAAGCCUGGCUACAGCUGGUCUAUCUCCUACGGUGAUGGAAGCAGUGCCAGCGGUGAUGUUUACACUGAUACUGUUACCGUUGGAGGUAUCUCUGUCUCCAAUCAGGCUGUUGAGGCUGCCUCUAGAAUCAGCCAGGAGUUCACCGAAGACGUGAACAACGACGGUCUCCUUGGUCUCGCCUUCAGCAGCAUCAAUACCGUGUAUCCUGUUCCCCAGAAGACCUGGUUCGACAAUGCCAAGUCCCACCUCGCUCAGCCCUUGUUCGGUGUUGCCUUGAAGCACAACGCCCCCGGUGUCUACGACUUCGGUUUCGCCGACUCUUCCAAGUACACUGGUGAACUUACUUACACCGAAGUGGACAACUCCCAAGGUUACUGGGGUUUCUCUGUUGACAGCUACCAGAUCGGUGACCAGUCUGGCCAAGGCUUCAGCGGUAUUGCCGACACCGGUACUACCCUUCUGCUCCUUGAUGACGAGAUCGUCUCUGCCUACUACGACCAGGUUCCUGGUGCCACGAAUGACCAGAGUGUUGGUGGCUACGUUUUUGACUGUAACACCGAACUGCCGGAUUUCAGUGUGGCCAUCGGCGACUACACUGCCACCGUUCCUGGUCGCCUGAUCAACUAUGGUGAUGCUGGUGAUGGAUCUGGCAACUGCCUUGGUGGUAUUGCCUCCAACUCUGGUAUUGGGUUUUCCAUUUUCGGUGACAUUUUCCUGAAGAGCCAGUAUGUCGUGUUCGACGCCAGUGGCCCUCAGCUCGGGAUUUGCCCUUCAGGCUUAAAUCAGACUCCUUGGUUGGAGUGUUCUGAUAUACUUGGGAUGUCCAUUAGCAAACAGGGUCUUGGACUCGUAGUCUUUGUACAUAAUGUUCAAACAUGA